AUGCUUCAAAGGCCAAUUCUAGACACCAUGUUUGAACUAUUCUCAAAACUUUUCACCCUGGCAGUACUUGGAAUUAUUGGAGUGGUCACAUACUACUUAUGGAUUUGGACCUACUGGAUGAGAAGAGGCGUCAAAGGACCAAGAGGAAAACCAUUCGUUGGGGUUCUGAAUGUUCUUCUGGACCACGAGAAACCUGGAUUGCUGAAAUUAGGAGAGUGGACAGAGGAAUAUGGAAAAGUCUACGGAUAUACAGAUGGAAACCAACGCACUUUGGUUGUAUCGGAUCCGUCUAUGGUCCAUGAAAUCUUCGUGAAGCAAUUCGACAAUUUUUAUGGUAGAAAAUUAAACCCAAUCCAGGGAAAUCCAGAUCAAGAUGAACGCGUUCACCUGUUGUCUGCUCAAGGAUUCAGAUGGAAAAGACUUCGAACAAUUUCUUCUGUUUCUUUUUCAAAUGGAAGUUUGAGAAAAAUUAUGAGUACUGUAGAAGAUAGUGCUUUGGACUUUAUGAAGCAUAUGGAGGAGAAAUCAGCGAAUGGAGAGAUUGAUAUGUUGGACGCCUACCAAGAGUAUACGAUGGAUGUCAUUGCCCGUGUUGCAAUUGGCCAACGAGACAAUAAAAUGUUCAGCGACCAAAAUGAGCUUCUGAAAAUUGUUAGACAGAUUUUUGGUGGAAGCCGGAAAUAUUUGAUGCUGAUUUGUCAAGUGUUUCCAGUUGUUGGCCAAGCGAUCCGUUCUCUGACUUUUAAAUAUCCUAAAAUUGCUCCUUUCAAACUUUAUCUCAUGAUCAAAAAGGCAGUAAUGGAACGAAAGGAACAAAGAGAUAGAGAACUUGAAAAUGGAGUGGAACCAGGAGAACCUCAAGACUUCAUCGACAUGUUCCUCGAUGCCAAAUCAGAUGAUGUCGAUUUCAAGGUUCAGAAGAAAGUCAGAGAAGAAGUGGACGCAGAAUUUGGAGACUCGGAGAUUGAAUUCGAAAAGCUGGGACGUCUGAAAUACAUGGACUGCGUAAUCAAAGAAGCGCUCCGCUUGUAUCCCUUAGCUUCGAUCUCCAAUUCUCGCAAAUGCAUGCAUACCACAACAGUGAAUGGUGUAGAGAUUGAGGCUGGUGUGUAUGUUCAAAUGGACACCUGGACCCUCCAACGAGACCCAGCCAUCUGGGGAGACGAUGCCAUGGACUUCAAACCAGAGAGAUGGGAGUCUGCAAAGCAAUCAGAGUACAAGGGAGCUUAUAUUCCAUUUGGACUGGGACCACGACAAUGUAUUGGAAUGCGUUUGGCUGUGAUGGAGCAGAAAGUUCUAUUAACCCAUAUCCUGAAGAAGUACUCUUUUGAAACCGGUCCAAGCACUAGCAUUCCUCUGAAGCUGGUAGGGAGUGCUACCACUUCCCCAGAAAACGUUUUCGUUCAACUUAAACCUAGAAAUCAGUGA